CGCCCGUCAACUAAAACCCUAAUGUCCGGCGUACACUUCACGCCUCACUCACUCACAGUUCAGAGCUUCAGAAUGCAAAUGUUUAUAGUUUAGAGAUUGAGAAGAAGUUCAGAAUUUUCUUGGCUAGCUUGAAAUGGCUGAUAAGGGGACUGGUUCUGGAUCCGAUAAGGGAAACCCUAAUGGGGAUUCUAAUGAAAACCCAGUUUCGGACUAUAGAAACACUCUUGAAAAUCUAGUUCAGCAGUUUCAGAACUCGAACCCCAUGGGGCAACAGCACAAAUUUUGGGAAACCCAACCAGUUGGGCAAUUUAAGGAUGUAGGGAAUGCCAGUGUGCCUGAGGGUUCUAUUGAGGAGCCUACACCAAUCUCUGAGGUCAAACAAGAGCCGUAUAAUCUUCCGAGUUCGUAUGAGUGGACAGUGUGUGAUAUGAACUUGGAUGAGGUCUGUGCUGAGGUCUAUACUUUACUGACUAAUAACUAUGUCGAGGAUGAUGAUCACAUGUUCAGGUUUAAUUACUCAAAGGAGUUUCUUCGAUGGGCUUUGUGCUCUCCCGGGUUUUUUAGUAAUUGGCAUAUUGGAGUUCGAGUGAAGGGAUCUGGGAAGUUAGUUGCUUUUAUCAGUGGCAUUCCUGUGAAAAUGAGGGUUCGUGAUCAGGUUUUUAAGAUGGCUGAGGUUAACUUUUUGUGCGUCCACAAAAAACUUAGAUCGAAGAGACUUGCUCCCGUGAUGAUUAAAGAAGUGACUAGGAGGAUUCACUUGGAGAACAUAUGGCAUGCUGCUUAUACUGCCGGAGUGCUUCUUCCAACGCCAAUGUCUACUUGUCAGUAUUGGCAUAGAACUUUGAAUCCAAAGAAGCUAAUUGAUGUUGGGUUUUCCCGAUUGGGCGAUAGGAUGACGAUGAGCAGGGCGAUUAAACUCUACAAGUUGCCAACCUCGACAGCGAGCUCUGGUCUGAGAAAAAUGGAGCGUCGUGAUGUCCCUGCCAUUGCACUGCUUCUUAGGAACUACUUGAGCCGAUAUGAUGUGGCUCCAGAUUUUGACGAGGAGGAGGUGGAGCACUGGUUGCUUCCUCGGGACAACGUGGUUGAUUGUUAUUUGGUGGAGAGCCCAGAGACGCAUGAGGUCACUGAUUUUUUCAGCUUCUACACCCUUCCUUCAUCCAUUCUCCACAACCCAAAUUACUCUACUUUGAGAGCAGCUUAUACCUUCUAUUAUGUCUCAACCAAGACUCCAUUGCUGCAACUGAUUAACGAUGCACUUAUCAUAGCAAAGCUAAAUGAUUACGAUGUGUUUAAUGCUUUGGAUGUCAUGGAGAAUGAGGCUUUUCUGAAGGAACUGAAAUUUGGACCGGGUGAUGGGCAGUUGUUCUAUUAUCUGUACAACUAUCGGUUUAGACAGGCACUUAAACCUUCUGAACUCGGUCUCGUGCUUCUAUAGGCGACACAUGAUUUCUAUCAAGAUUCCAUUUUUGAGAAACCUAUCCUUUCACCCUAAUGUUAUUUGUUGGGCUGCAAUCUUUCCACUUCAAUUCUACCUGUGCUUAGCCCUUGGCCUAUCGGGAGAUUUUGCAGUCAGCAUGACUUUACAUUUCGUUAAAUGCUGAGCCGAAAUACUUUCCAGAAUACAGAGCUCAGUCUAGGUGCUCCAGAGUAUUAUGUAAUCAUCGCAUUUUGUUAUCCUUUUUACGUUUUAAAUACUGUGAUGUUGGAUAGCCUGUUUUUAGCACUGCAUAUCUGCAACACUGAAAUCUUGCUGCUUUUAGAGCUUUAUACCAAAUGCUGGCAUGUUAUCUUUGAUU